AUGAUCGAUAAUUACAAUAAGAGUAAUGAAGGAGAAUAUUUAGUAGAAAAUGAAUCAUCAUCAUCCACUAAUCAAGAAGAAAAAAAAGCCCCACUUGCAACAAAAUGGACUUUUUGGCUUGAUUCACAAAAAAAUAAAUUUUCAUCAAAACAAGAUUAUGAAGCUGGUCUUGAAAUAAUAUCUUCUGUUGAAACUGUUCAAGAAUUUUGGAGUGUUUUUAAUAAUAUUCCAAAACCUAAUCAAUUAGCAAAUCGUGUUAGUUAUCAUUUAAUGCGACAAAAUCGAAAACCACUAUGGGAAGAUAGAGAAAAUGAAAAUGGUGGAAUUUAUACAUAUAGAUGUCCAAAAACUAAAACAAAUACGGUUUGGCAAGAACUUUGUUUAGCUGCUAUUGGUGAACAAUUUUCUGUUAUUGAUGAUGAUGAUAUUGUUGGUAUAAGUAUACAAUCACGUGAAGCUCAACUUGAUAUAAUACAAAUUUGGAAUUUAAAUCCAAGUGAAGAAGCACAAAAAGCAAUUGAUAAAACAGUUGUUGAACUUUGUUCUGAUGAUACAUUUCCAAUAAAAUUUUAUAAAGCUAAUUCAUCACAUAUUAAUUUUGAAGCAAAAAAUAAUUAG